AUGUCAAGGGAAGUGUAUGAAGACAUGAAAGUUGGUAACAUUGCCAUAACAAAAGGGGUCGUUGUGUGGACAUUUGUGUUGGCUUUACACACUGAUCCUGAAAUUCAGGGAAAUAGUUCUUAUGAAUUCAAUCCACAAAAGUUUGCAGAUGGCGAUGUCAAGACUUGCAAGUAUCCACAGGCAUAUAUGCCAUUUGGAAUCGGACCAAGGGUUUGUCUUGGUGAACAUUUGGCAACGAUGGAGUUCAAGAUUCUGAUUGCUCUCAUAGUAUCGCGAUUUACUCUUUCCCCUACUUAUGUUCAUUCCCCUAUCUUGCGUUAUAUUAUUGUGCCCCAAUACGGUGUCAAUUUGUGUGUUAAGAAACUUUGA